CCCCAUUCCCAGGGGCUGCUCUCCGUCUACCCCAGUGUGCAGAAGGCCGUGGGCUCCUCAGAGAAGAUCUUUGAGUACAUGGAGCGGACGCCCCAGAUCAGCCCCCCCGGUACGCUGGCCCCCCCCGCCCUGCGCGGGCACCUCCAGGUGCAGGACGUCUGGUUCUCCUACCCCGGCCGGGACGACGCCCCCGUGCUCAAGGGGGUGUCUCUGGAGCUGCGCCCCAGGGAGGUGACGGCGCUGGUGGGCCCGUCGGGCGCGGGGAAGACGGCGCUGGUGGCCCUGCUGGAGCGUUUCUACGAGCCCCAGCGCGGGCACCUGCUGCUGGACGGGCGGGACCUGCGGGAGUACGAGCAUCGCUACCUGCACAGCAAGGUGGCGCUGGUGAGCCAGAAGCCGGUGCUGUUUGCCCGCUCGCUGCACGAGAACAUCGCCUACGGUCUGGGGGGGCGCAGCCGGCAGGAGGUGCGGGGGGCUGCCCGGCGCGCCAACGCCCACGGCUUCAUUGCCCGGCUCAGCCACGGCUACGACACAGACGUCGGGGAGAUGGGGGGGCAGAUCUCGGGGGGGCAGAGGCAGGGGGUGGCCAUCGCCCGAGCCCUGCUCCGAGACCCCCGAGUGCUGAUCCUGGACGACGCCACCAGCGCCCUGGACACGGAGAGUCAGCUGUGGGUGGAGAAGGAGAUUUACGAGGGCGCCCGGUUCGAGCGCUCGGUGCUGCUCAUCGCCCAUCGCCUGAGCACCGUGGAACGAGCCGACCGCAUCCUGGUGCUGGAGGACGGGGAGAUCCGGGAGCAGGGCACCCACCGGGAGCUGCUGGCACGCCGGGGUAGCUACUGGCGCCUGGCGCAGAAACAGCUCAACGGGGACGCGGGGGGCGGCUCUGAGGAUAGCGCGGAGACUGGAGGCUCUGCUCUCUCUCCGCAGGCCCUGUCGCCGCCAUGGUGCUGCCCCUCACCCUGUGUCUGGGCUGCCCCCUGCUGCUCUGCGACCUGGCCCUGCGGGCCCUGCUGGGCUGGGGUGCCCCCUCGCUGGCCCCCCUGGGGCUGUCGGCCACCUGGCUGGAGGCUGCUGUGCGUUUCCUGGGGCUCUGGGGGGCCUGGGGGCUGCUGGCCCCGGAUCGGCCCCACCUGUCCCCCCCCCAGGGCCCUGGCUGCCCUGUGCCUGCUGCCCCCCCUGUACCUCACCCUGCGGCGCUGCCUGCCCCUGCCCGACGUGCCCCCCGCCCUGCUGGCCGGCGCCCCCUGGGCCUGGCUUCUGCUGAGCUAUGGGGCAGUGGGGCUGGCCCAGCUCACCUGGGGGGCCCUGGGGCAGGGGGACAGGGCUGGAGGGCCCGGCACUGAGAAGACGGAGCGGGAGUCCAGGGCCAUCCUGCGCCGGCUGGUGGGGCUCUCCCAGCCUGACGUGCCCUUCCUGUCCGGGGCCUUCGUCUUUCUCACCCUGGCUGUGAUCGGUGAGAUGUUCAUCCCCUACUACACGGGACGUGUCAUCGACAUCCUGGGCAGCAGCUACGGCCGCGACGCCUUCACCACCGCCGUCGGCCUCAUGUGCCUGACCUCCUUCGGCAGCUCCCUGGCUGCCAGCUGCCGCGAGGGGCUGUUCAUGUUCACGCUCUCCCGGCUCCACAUCCGCAUCCGCCAGCUCCUCUUCUCCUCCCUGGUGCGCCAGGACCUGGCCUUCUUCCAGCAGGUCAAAACAGGGGACCUGACCUCGCGCCUCUCCACGGACGCGGCCAUGAUGAGCCGCUCGGUGCCAGACAGCGUCAACAUCUUCCUGUGCAACCUGGUGAAGGCGCUGGGGCUGUACGGCUUCAUGCUGGGGCUCUCCUGGCGCCUGACGCUGCUCACGCUGCUCGAGACGCCCCUCACCAUGGCCGCCCAGAACCUCUACGACGCCCGACGCCAGGCCGUGCUGAGGGCGAUCCAGGACUCCCUGGCGCGCUCCGGCGAGGUCGUGCGCGAGUCCGUCUCCUCCAUCGAGACCGUGCGCAGCUUCGCCACCGAGGACGAGGAGUCGCGGCGCUACGAGGCGGCGCUGGCCGAGACCCACCGGCUGAAAAAGCGCCAUGACCUGGAGAGGGAGCUGUACCUGCUCUUCUGCCAGCUGCUGCAUCUGGCCGUGCAGGUGCUGAUGCUGUACUGCGGGCACCAGCAGAUCCGCGCCGGGCUCCUGACCAAGGGCAGCCUGGUCUCCUUUGUCCUCUACCAGUGGGACGUGGGGGGCUGCAUUAAGACCCUGGCGAGCACCUGUGGGGACCUGCUGAGCAACGUGGGGGCGGCGGAGAAGGUGUUCGAGUACCUGGACCGGGAGCCGGCCGUGCGCACCGACGGGACGCGGGCGCCGGAGUCUCUGCAGGGACACGUCUCCUUCCACAACGUCUCCUUCUCCUACCCCUCCCGCCCGGACCGCCAGGUCCUAAAGGACGUGUCCUUCGAGCUGCGUCCCGGGGAGGUGACAGCGCUGGUGGGGCUGAACGGCAGCGGGAAGAGCACGUGCGUGGGGCUGCUGGAGCGGUUCUACGAGCCCCAGGCCGGGGAGAUCCUGCUGGACGGGGUGCCCCUCCGGGAGUACGAGCACCGGUACCUGCACCGCCAGGUGGCCCUGGUGGGGCAGGAGCCCGUCCUCUUCUCCGGCUCCAUCCGGGAGAACAUCGCCUACGGGCUGGGGGGCUGCGGGGAGGAGCAGGUCACCAGGGCGGCCAGAGCGGCCCACGCCUCUGGGUUCAUCGUGGAGCUGGACAGCGGCUUUGAGACAGACGUGGGGGAGAAGGGCGGGCAGCUCUCGGCGGGGCAGAAGCAGCGGAUUGCCAUCGCCCGGGCACUGAUCUGCCAGCCGGCCGUGCUGAUCCUGGAUGAAGCCACCAGUGCGCUGGAUGUGGAGAGCGAAUGCGCGAUCCGCCAGUCGGUGCUGAGCCGGGGGCGCCGGACGGUGCUGGUGAUCGCCCACCGCAUGCAGAUGGUGGAGAACGCCGACAGGAUCGUGGUGCUGGAGGGCGGGGCCGUGGCCGAGGAGGGGACGCACACUGAGCUGAUGGGGCGCAAGGGGCCCUACUACAGACUGGUGCAGAGACACCUGGCCGAGUAACCCCCCACCCCGGGGAAUAGCCCAACACCGGCCUUACGGCUCGUCCCCUCCUCCCCCCGGCACAGGGGGACAUGGAACAUACUGACAGCGGCUGAUUAGCGUAUGAUGUCGGGUCACUGGUUUAUCGCCUGCGUUGGGUUUCGGUUCUGUGCGGGGAGUCCCGGGGGGCAGGCGUGUUCGACUGGCUGAGCGCGAGACGAGUGUUUUGUAAAAUACAUUGAAGAGGUGAAACGUC